AUGGCAAAAAAAGUAUUCUGGCAACAGAAGGGAUCCCAGGAGUGCCCAGUGUGUAGGGGGGAGUCUUCAACAGAGAAUCCACCAUGUAACCGGGUGCUGAAGGACCUGUGUGAGGCCUUCCAACAGGAGAGAGCAAGGUCUGAUGUGCUCUGCAGUCUGCACAGUGAGAAACUCAAACUCUUCUGUCAGGAGGAUAAACAGCCCAUCUGCCUGGUGUGUCAGACUUCUAAAAAACAUAAAGGACACGACUGCUGCCCCAUAGAGGAAGCUGCUGUGGAUCAUCGGGAGCAACUCAAGAUUCACUCAACAUCAGGGCACAUUAAGAACCAGGCCCAGCAGACAGAGGUGCAGAUUAAGAAGGAGUUUGAGAAGCUUCAUCAGUUUCUACAUGAUGAAGAGAAGGUCAGGAUAGCUGCACUGAGGGAGGAAGAGGAGCUGAAGAGUCAGUUGAUGAAGGAGAACAUUGAGGAGAUGAGCAGAGACCUUCAAUCCCUCUUAGACACCAUCAGAGCCAUAGAGGAGGAACUGAAAACUGAUGACAUCUCAUUCCUGCAGAGCUUUAUGGAUAGCAUGAACAUACCCAAGGUGACACUGCCAGAUCCAGAGAUGGUUUCAGGAGCACUGAUAGACGUGGCAAAACACCUGAGCAACCUGCCGUUCAGAGUCUGGGAGAAGAUGAAGGAGAUGGUUCAUUACACUCCAGUGAUUCUGGACCCCAACACUGCAAACUGUCAUCUCACCCUCUCAGAGGAUCUGACCAGUGUGGCCUACAGUGACAAGACACAGCAGCUUCCUAACAACCCAGAGAGAGAGCAGAUAUGUCCUGUUGUUCUGGGCUCUGAAGGCUUUGACUCAGGGACACACAGCUGGGAAGUUGAGGUUGGAGAGAGUACGUCGUGGGUCCUGGGUGUGGUUAAAGAGUCUGUGCAGAGAAAGGGAGACCUUGGAUUUUGGGAAGGAUCCUGGAAUGUUUGGUGUAAUGAAAAUAUAUAUAAGAUACGUACCCCACUAGAGUCAUGGACUGCCUUCACAGUGAAGCAGAGACCACAGAAGAUCAGGGUACAGCUUGACUGGGAUGGAGGGAAGCUGUCAUUCACUGACCCUGAUACUGACACACACCUGCACACCUUCACACACACCUUCACUGAGAGAGUAUUUCCAUACAUUUAUAAUCUUGACAAAGACCAUUCUCUGAAGGUGUUGCCAGUAAACGUGUCUGUAAGUAUAGGCUCUGUCUAAACAUGCUAUAAAUAGUGUCCUUCACUAUUCAGAAGCACACUCCUGCUGCAAAUACACCUUCCCCUCAUGAAUUCAAGAAUUAAUAAAAUGGGAUGGACAAUGGCUAUAGUGUUUUCUGUGUUUAAAAAUCUUGUUUCAAUAAACAUAGUCUU